UCCUGCCCUGCGCGCUGGUGCAGCUCAGCCUGGUCUUCAUCCACCGCGACGUCAGCCGCGACCGCCCGCUGGUGCUGCUGCUGCACCUCCUGCAGCUGGGGCCCCUCGUCAGGCAAUGACUGGGUCAGGAGCUGAAGUGAGGAGUGCAGGUUUCCAACAAACUGACUUGAGCAGUUGGGGCUUGCAGUCACGAGCGGGGCGUGUUGGUGGUGUUGUACCAUACAUCCGCUGGAUGCGGUGGUUCCUUACUAUCUGAUUUACUGAAGAUGGUACUGAAGCGGCAUAUCUAGAAGGAACUGGUGUGAACUCAGCAGUGCGUCAUUCUGAUACCAACUUCAUGGAGAGGAAAGCUAAGUGACUGUUCGUGUCUUUCAAACUACCGUCCCUAGUGCUCCAUUAGCUGAAUGUGGGUCUAUGGGCUCUUCCUUACGAGGAACGUGCGAUUAGGAGAUGUCUCAGUCUGCAGGAUGAUGAACUUCUCUUGUGAAAAAAAUUGAAGGCCAAUAUAACAGGCCCCCUUUAUAGAACACUAAUGACUGUUUUCCUCAGAUUUUAAUGGGACAAGGAUAUAAACAAUAGACUUUUUUUUUUUUAACAUGAUCAGGCUUUGUUUCUCGAGGCAUAAGGAGAAACAAUUACAUAUGUCUAUGUACCGUGUAGACAGCAGCAAAACAGAUGCAAUAGGAAGUUUGCAUCAAACUGCCCGAGGAGCUGCUGUUAUGGCCAAAGUUAGAUUCUGUGAGCUGCAGGAAGUAAAAAAAAACAAAACAAAACAAAAAAAACCCCACCAAAGAAAAACACCAACAAAAACCCAAAAACCCAAAACACCUAUAGGCCAAAAUUAUUGGAGUCAUUAAUGUUUUGGGCACCUAAUUGUGCAGUUUGAAAUCUAAUAAGCAAUACCAGUGUAGAUAAUGCUUCAGUCAAGUUGUUCAGAAGCGUUGUCUCUCGUGGGUAAUCUCUUUCCUAGUGACCUGCUUUAUAGUUCAGAAAAGCACAGGUCUAAAAACCUUUCUUCCUUGUAGGACUUCCAUUGGCAGACCUCACUGUAGGAGAUUCUGCUAGCUGGAAACUUCAACACUGUUGAUGCAUCUCCCUCUUUUCCAGAUGGGAAAAACAUGCCUAGACCCUCUUCAAGCUUUUUUUUUUUUUUUUUUAUUCUUCAGCAGAUGCGUUAGGUGUCCAAGAUGUAGUGAACAGAAAGUCAGUGCAGAUGGAAGGUAGAACAAUGAGUGAGGAACAAAUCUUUGUCUGACACAGUAAUUUCAGUGCCUUCAGAGCCCAUACUGCAACUGUCAUUGCUUUAUGUGCGGUGAAACUGGCCAGCUGCUUCCCUUCUGUUGGUGAUGCCAUGUGAGGCCCCAAACAUCACUGUGUUGCAGGAGAUGGCUUGUGCAGAAGUUGGGAUCUCCCAUUUCUGUUCCUCCAGAGCAGCAAUGAGCAGUGAGCAACUGGGGCUUCUGGGGAAUUCCCUGUUCUGUAGCAGAGUUUCUAACUGGAGGAAAACUGCCUUCAAGCAAUGGCCUUCUUGCAUUCUUUUAGUUGUGUUUCAUACUAAAAAGACAACCUUUCUGAAUGCACUUCAUGGACAAAGUCGUCACAUGGCACAGGUGCGUGGAAGUCUUCUACAUUUACUUCCGUGCUGGCAGAGUUGAAGAGCCCUAUGUCAGCAUCACAAAGAAGAGGCAGAUGCCCAAGGAUGGGUACUCGGAAGAAAUUGAGAAGGAAGUGGGCCAGGCUGAAGGCAAGCUGUGUACGCACAGGUCUGCGUUCAGCAGGGCGUCUGUGAUCCAGGCAUUCCUCGGCUCAGCACCCCAGCUCACGCUCCAGCUCUACAUCUGUGUCCUGCAGCAGGAGAUCACGGCUGCCAGAAGUAUUUUUAUGGUCCUUUCUCUUCUGUCAAUUGUAUAUGGCGCCUUACGCUGCAACAUCCUGGCUAUUAAGAUUAAGUAUGAUGAUUAUGAUGUCAGCGUGAAACCAGCCGCCUACCUCUGCAUAUUCAUGUGGAGAAGCUUUGAGAUCGCUACACGAGUUACGGUGUUGGUCCUUUUCAGUUCAGUCCUUCAAAUCUGGAUUCUCCCCGUUGUGCUCGUGAAUUUUUUUGGUUUUUUCUUCUACCCAUGGAUUCUCUUCUGGCAAAGCAAGUCUCCGUUUCCUGAGAACAUAGAGAAGGCAUUGAGCAGGGUCGGCACUACCAUUGUCUUGUGCCUUCUCACCUUCUUGUAUGCUGGCAUUAACAUGUUCUGCUGGUCGGCAGUCCAGGUGAAGCUCAAUGAUCCUGACUUAAUUAACAAAUCCCAAAAUUGGUACCGACUGACUGUGUAUUACAUGCUGCGAUUCAUCGAGAAUGCGUUCCUCCUGCUGAUGUGGUACAUCUAUAAAACCGAUAUCUACCUGUAUGUCUGCGCCCCGUUGUUGGUCUUGCAGCUCCUGAUAGGUUACUGCAUGGCUGUCCUCUUCAUGUUGGUGUUCUACCAGUUCUGCCACCCGUGCAAAAAGCUUUUCUCAUCCAGCAUUUCUGAAGGUUUGCUGUCCUGUUUCAAGUUCCUCUGCUUUAUUUGCAAGCCUCCCAAAUCCUCCAUACUGAUGGACAAGGCAGAGGUGAAAUCUCUUGAAAAUACUGACGAAGCACGGAGCAGUAGCAAGACACUAGAUUCUCAAAAGGGGAAUCCUCAUCAAAGUGUUUCUUCCAAUGCCUAGUACAACUGGAAGCAAGUAGGUGCCUUUGGAAGGUGGCAGAUCACCCGAGGGGUACGUUGUGUAUCUUGGACAUUGUGUCUCGUGGAUGGGAUUUCUUUCUUGCAGGUGUAGCACUGCAUGACGACUGACAAGCCCACCUUUGUGGAAAAUUUAGUGUAUGAGUAUGUGUAUCUGUGUGUGUUUUGUGUACAGAGAGCAAUCAUUGUGUGUAGACUUCUAUUUCAGAGUUUUUUGCACAUAGGUUUAUUAUCACGUGCUUAUUUUGAAAUCAGUAUAGGAGACAUCCUUCAGAAACUGACCUGAUGCUCACCUUACUCAGGAAAUCUGAGGAUGGAAGGAAAUGCAUUUUAUUUCAGAUAGGAUGUCAUUAUGGCAUGCCACCCUAGCAUGGAAACAGAGCAUAGACCUUGACUAUAUAUUGACUGUAGCUGUUGUCUGCUUUGAUUGAAUUGCAGACUUUUUUACACUCUAAUCAGUGUAAUAAGAUAAUACUUCUCUCUGUGGUAUAAGAAUUGGACUUCUACAAUGCACUGUAGUCUAGGUUUCCAAGAAACAGCCAAUUAGCCAGAACUAAUACUGAAAUGUGACUGUUACUGAGAAUGGACAGAGAAGUUAUUGGCUUUGCACUGUUUUACACUUCAUAUUUGCUGCUUGUUAGUAAGGGAAUUAAAUUUAAUAUGUUAAUUGUGAUGUUCUGGAAUAGCUUAUUUUUCUGACAUUAUCAAAUACUUUGUUUGUGAUGUUCUGGUAUUAGGGUGGUGUUCACUUUAGAUAACUUUAAAUAUCGAGAAGUUGGGCGGAUAGUGUGAACUAGUCAUGUAGGUGCUCUCCAGAGCACAUCUCCAGUGAGUAAUUCAACCCAUCUUAAAAUGUCCUCUGAGGCAGGUGAUAUGAAUCAUUCUCUGGAGACCUAUUACUCAGUGUUAACCAGAUGCCUUGACAAUUAGCUUUGACUAGCUGCCUCCCUUUUAGAUGGCUGAAGUUGAGAUGAGCACUACCCUGACUGUCAGGGGGUUGGUAGUACACCAAGCAGGCAACUCAGUGACUUGUUAUGUGGGGAUAGAAUACAAUGAGUCCUUCUUUUUGAGGCUGUGAUAUGUUGUGGUUAGUUUAAUAUCAGUAGUUCAAAAUCCUCUGACUUCUUUUACCUCAGAAGUACCGCAGGCUUGAAGUCUGAAAGAGGAAAUGGAAAUCAUGUCUUUUUCUUCUAUGCACUGUAUCACCACAAAUAAAAGUAUGUUUGUAUUUUGCAAGUCACUGAGAAAGCUUUAGCAGAUGAUCACCCAAGAACUUUAGCGGCAAUACACAAAACCAGUUGUAUUUUCAAAAAUUGAGUGAAAGCUUUUUGCACUUUUUUUGCUUAGCACCUUGCAUUUCUUUUGAGUAUUACACAUUAUGGCUGCUAGUGGAAACAAAUAAUUCAUGAACCAAAGCAUCUCCUAGUGUCCUAAGCUUAGCCUCCAUCCCAUGGUCAUGGAGGAUGUGAAGUUCUUCAGUAGGGAUGACAUCAGCAUCAUUGUAUUAGAAGUGUCUCAAGUUCAGGUCUGAGGUCAUUUAUAGUGAAAGUCACAUGCAAUGCUGCAAAGAGCUAAGCUGGUUUUAUUUUUUUUCUUUACUGCACUGUAAAUGAAUGUCUUCAUGCUUCAGUUUUCUAAAGGAGUUAUGGCUUUUUAUUUUGCUUAAUAUGUGUCUGUGUAUGGUAUGUGUAUGUAGAUCUCAUUAAAUUAUUGAUGGGUGGUAAUGGGAAUUCUUGGCCUGAGCUUGCCGUAGGAAUGUACCUCACAUAUCUGGGGAAGACACCAAACAUCUCAGUUCUAAUGUCUCUCUCUGAGGAGCACAGAAUAGUGAAAUGACUCCUUGAAGACACUACAGUAUUUCUUCUGUAUGUAGAACUACAGUAUAAUAUUUCUCUAUACUUUUCUAGAUGUAGAAGAGUAGUUCUUAUUUAUUUUUUUUCAGUAGUGAGUUAAAGGAGCAAAUGAGAAUGUAACUCUUGCUUGCAAACCUGCAGAGUUCAGCACACAGGGCCAAAUUUUCUGGUGUUCUUAGCUAAAACUGAGUAUCUGACUUUAUAGUUGGAUACUCAUCAAUAAUCAGGGAAUUAUGGUUGUUGCCUAUCUACAGAUGUACCUAGGUCUGAAAUGUUAGUUUUUGGAGAAAAAAAAGGGAAAAAAAAAAAAAAGUGGCUUCAUAUGUAGAAGUACUUGAUAUCUAAAGAGAGAGCUCUCAAAUCCUUAAAGUAACUUUGGACACUGUAAGUGAUGAUGCAGUUGUGACUUUGUCAUUUGGGAACAGUGGAAGCUUCACAAACGUCAGCCACUGAAAUGCUUGUGCUACAGUGAAGUCAACAAUAGGAGAGUUACACAGCCAGGGGUCCAGUAUGUAUACAUAGCGAGGACCAUUUAACUUCACAUACCAAUGAAGAAGACUAUAUGCAUAUUUUUAGAGAGUGUGCCAUAUUACUUCCUAUUUUUUAUACCAAUCUCCUGAAGUGCAUGCAUAGGGAACUGAAUACUUGAUCACUCUUAUGAGAGAGAUUAAAAAAAAAAAAGAAAAAAAAAAGAUUUGUAUGGGUUAUAUUACUGUCAUAUGGUUUUGCCUUAGCUGUGCAGACUAACCAAACACAGUUUAAACACUCCACGAGCAUGAGGGACGUUGCUUUUGCUGUGCCUCAUGUCACCACAGUGUGGAGUGCAGAUUAACUAACAGUAUUGCUGCUCUAUGUAUGGUUUGAUCUAGCUGUGCUGCCUUUGCUGGAAGGAAGAAGGUAUGAGACGGAGUCAUAGAGACAAAGAUACUCAUUCUGUUAAGACCAGUGUUUUAAAGGACAAGCUUAUUUUUCUAAAGUAUGCUAUAAUUCUAGGAGAGGCGGUUUUUCUCAGGAUAAUGACAGUCUAGACAGUGUUGUUAUCAGUACACCCAGUGGCUGCACUGAGAGCAUAGUAUUAGCUACGACGGAUGUACGUGUAUGACUGACUGAUCUCUUGCUGCAAGUUUGCUGUAGUUUUACUCUCCUCUGUGAAUGUUAGAGGCGUAUGCAUUCAAUGGAAGGGUAUAGGGCUACUGUUAAAAGCUGUACUCGAGUACUCCUGAGUCACACAAAGGAUUGCUUAAAAAUGGUUAUUCAUGUGUAUAAGAGUAUGCGAGAUCUGAUACAUAAGUUUUCUUUUAUACUUGUAAAACAACACAAAUUAAAAUGU